AAAUAGGGGUGACUCUUGGUGAUCUUCACAUCCUACUCUUUUAUCAAGUGCUGCUUGCUCAUUGAAAAUGGCUUCUAAGACUCUUUUCAUCCUAGGCAUACUCUUGAUAUCCGCCCUCCUCAUCUCUUCUGAAGUUUGUGCUAAGGAGGUCAAUGAAAAUAAGCCAGACAAGAAAGAAGUUGAUGCUGAGGAAGUUGUAGAUAAGGAAGCUGCACAAACAGAGCACUACGGCAGUGGAUACAGCCCUGGCUAUGGUGGGCACGGUGGUGGAUACGGCGGCGGGCAUGGUGGUGGAUGUCGCCACAGAUGCUGUGGCCAUAGGGGGUGCUAUUGUUGCUCCCAAACUGAAUUUGACGCCCUCGCCAAAGCAGAGGUGAACACUGAGGCCAAGCCCCAUAACUAGACUUUAGUCUAAUGUGGCCUGUGUGUUUGGUUACAAGUCAUGUACUUAUUAUCCAGUAUCUGCAGUAAAUAAAGGGAACUUUGAGCUUGCCCUUCCUUAAGGUUAGCUAUGCACAACCUUGUGCAAUGUGGAUUUUAUAUGUAGCCCUUUUGUGAAUGGUUUAUAAGUACCUUCCUUGUGUCAUUGAUGAUAUGAGUAUGAUGUUCCCUUUGAUUUC